AUUACGGAGAACCUGCAUGGCCCAAUGAUCUUUUAUAUAUUUUUCCAGUAGUAAUUCUAGGUACUAUUGCAUGUAAUGUAGGAUUAGCAGUUCUAGAACCAUCAAUGAUUGGUGAACCUGCGGAUCCAUUUGCAACGCCUUUGGAAAUAUUGCCUGAAUGGUAUUUCUUUCCCGUAUUUCAAAUACUUCGUACAGUACCCAAUAAGUUAUUAGGUGUUCUUUUAAUGGUUUCAGUACCUGCAGGAUUAUUAACAGUACCUUUUUUGGAGAAUGUUAAUAAAUUCCAAAAUCCAUUUCGUCGUCCAGUUGCGACAACCGUCUUUUUGAUUGGUACUGCGGUAGCCCUUUGGUUAGGUAUUGGAGCAACAUUACCUAUUGAUAAAUCCCUAACUUUAGGUCUUUUUCAAAUUGAUUCAAUUGUAAAAUAAAAUAUCAUGACGUGUAUAUCUAGGGAAUAGUCGCUUCAAAGUGAAUUCUCCCUAGAUAACAUCCAUUCAAUUAAAAUUUUGAUCUAUUUCGCGAAUAUAUGGAUUUGUGCUAAAGAUUCAAAAUUCAUUUGCAUCUUCUUUAGAAAAAAAAAAGAUGAAAAUGAAUAUAAAUCCAAUGGAUUUAUAUUUUAUUCUUUGGUAAAUCAAUUGCGAAAUGUUUUUCUAUUUCUAGAAUACCCAAUAUAUGUUUUACAUCGUCUAUGCGAAAAUGUUCAAUUUUCAUAAGAUCUUCUUGACUCUUUUUCAAAAGAUCCGAUAAUGUAUGUAUAUUGGACCUUUUGAGGCAAUUAUAGAUCUUAGGAGUCAAUUCUGAUUGGUCAAUAAAAAUGUAUUUCAAUGCUAUUUCUUUUUUAUUUUUUCUUAAUUUAGUCAAUCUAUCAUGAAAAGUAAAAAGGGGUAAAGUAACUUUGUGUUGAUUUUUUUCUAAAUGUAAGUUUUCUUCUUCUGCAUGUAGAAAAGGAAUAAAAAAAUCAAUCAAAUUCCGGGAGGCUUCGUGAAGUGCUUCUUUAGGAGUUAAACUUCCAUUUGUCCAUAUUUCGAGAAAAAGUAUCUCUUGCUUUUCAUUCCCAUUUCCAUAAGAAUGAACACUAUGAUUCGCAUUUCGAACAGGCAUGAAUACAGCAUCUAUAGAAUAACUUCCGUCUUGAACUUGAAAGUUAUUUGUUGGGUUUAUACGAUAGCCGCGAUUCCUCUCGAUUUGUAAUCCAAUACACAAAUCAAUUGCUUCCGUUAGGCUAGCGAUAUGCUGUGUAUUAUCAAUGAUUUCCACAAAAGGCGGUAAGAUGAUGUCUUGAGCAGUUACAUAUCCAGGACCCUCGACACAAAUAGAUGCGUUACAAGUUCCAUACAAAUUGCUUCUUAAUACAAUUUCUUUCAAAUUCAUUAAAAUUUCAUGUAUUGAUUCUUGAAUACCUGCUAUAGUAGAAAAUUCGUGUGGUAUUUUCUCAGAUUUUGCACGUGUGAUACAUGUUCCUUCUAUUUCUCCAAGCAAAGCUCUUCGCAUCGCAAUGCCUAUUGUGUCGGCUUGGCCUUUCAUAAGAGGAGACAGAAUAAAGCGUCCAUAAUAAAGACGUUUAUUAUCGGUUCUUGAUUCAACACAUUUCCACUGCAGUGUCCGAGUGGAUAUUGUUACUUUCUCUCGAACCAUAAUAAUAUUGAAAUUGUUGAAUUAUUUAUUUCUCUUGAAAUCUCUUCAAUAUAAUUAUUUACACGCGCCUUUUUUUAGUGUGUCUGCAGCCAUUAUGUGGCAUAGGUGUUACAUCCCGGACGAAACUUAAUAGUAUACUACUUCUGCGAAUAGCUCUUAAUGCCGCAUCUCGUCCGAGACCAGGACCCUUUAUCAUGACUUCUGCUCGUUGCAUACCUUGAUCCACUACUGUCCGAAUAGCAUUUCCUGCUGCGGUUUGAGCAGCAAAUGGCGUUCCUCUUCUUGUGCCCCUGAAUCCACAAGUGCCAGCGGAGGACCAAGAAAUCACUCGACCCCGUACAUCUGUAACGGUCACAAUAGUAUUGUUAAAACUUGCUUGAACAUGAAUAACUCCUUUUGGUAUUUUACGUGAAUUCUUACGCGAACCAAUACGUCCGUUUCUUCGUGAACCAAUUUUUGGUAAAGGUUUUGCCAUAUUUUAUCAUCUCAUAAAUAUAAGUCAGAGUUUUAUGGAUAUAUCCAUUUCAUGUCAAAAUAAAUCUUUUUUUUUUUAUUUGUACAUCGGAUCCUUUAGAGCAUUCUGCUUAGAAAGAUUAUCCUUGUCUUUGUUUAUGUCUCGGGUUUAAGCAAAUUACUAUAAUUCGCCCUCGUCUACGUAUCAGUCGACAUUUUUCACAAAUUUUACGAACAGAAGCUCUUAUUUUCAUAUUUGCCAUCCCUUAAAUUAAAAAAUUAAAUUUUGAAUAUACAUAUUUUUUUUGAAGAAAAUGAGUUUCUUUUAAUUUUGAAAUCUUGAAUUGUAUCCCUAUGAAAGUGAAAGGAAUUUUAUUUAAAAGUUUAAAAAAAAAAACUGCC